CCAACCUCCAUAGGCGUGGUCAUCAGAAUUACCCUCAGGGUCGUUUGGAUAGGUUAUUUGCUUGCGUUAUUUGGUCCAAAUAACUCAUAUUGGGUUAUUUGAUUCAAAAUAACUUGUCUGGGUAUGCAAAAGUGUAAUUGGUUAUUUGGCAUUGAGUUAUUUACGAAUAACUCAAAAAUGAGUUAUUGUAAAUAACACCUAUCCAGCAGUUAUUUGAUAAUAACGCGUUCUGCGUCAUUUCCCUUCCAACUUUGCUCCUUUCUCUUUCUUCCUUUUCAGUUCUUCCCCUCUCUCUCAAACGACUUCCAUCUUCUCUCUGCUUCUCCUCUCUUCUAUGUUAUAUAAUCUCUUGCAGUCGAUUAACCUCCCCUUCUCCAAUAGAUAAUCUAACUAUCUUCUCCACAUUUUUGUUAAUUCAAUGACACCCAUAAUCCCCUCUCUUGUUGACGAUUCAACAGAACCCCAAACCCUCACUGUUGACUACUGUAUAUAGUAUGUGCGAUGGAGAGCGAGGACGAGGUAGGCGAAGGUUUCUAGCGACAGUCGUGGUUGGAAUCAUUGUCGGCGACGGAGGUUUCGAGCGACAGUUCGUAGGCGGCGAGAAUCAAGCAUCUUUGGAGUUGGUUGCGAGUACUAUUGUCCAAGCUAGGUUUUGAUUUGGGACUGCAUGCAGAGCUUGGGGCAGAUUGACGAAUUGAGAAGAGAAGAGAAGGUGCCCUUUUUGUUUGGCAGCAGGGGCAGAUUGACGAAUUUGGAUUUGGCCUCCGUUCGUAGUAAGCAUCCCUAAUUGAUUUUUUCUGUAUUUAUUUGUCAAUUAAGUGGCUUUGGACACGUCUUUAACAAGAAUAGAGAGGCUAAAUUCUCGUUGGUGGGAAUCUUUGGAUUCGUGGGUUCUGAUUUUCCUUAUUCUAGGCUCAAUUGAAUAAGAACAGAGAAGUGGAGGAUGAGAAGAAUUCGAUGCAAGGGAGGAUGGGUGGUGGUUUCUGGUGUUUUCGUUGUUCUAAUGGUUUGCUAUGAAUGAACGAAUAAAUGGGGUCAAGGUACAUUUCUCGAAAUGAAUGAAAGCUAUGGGAGAGUAGAUGGUGCCCUCAAUUGAGGGCAAUAUUGUUAUUUAGCAUCUUUUAUAAUCAAAUACCAUAUCUAAAUAUUGGUUUAGCCAAACAAGAUUAUUUAUCCCAACUUUCAUAAAAAUACCACACAAAUACCACAUCAACUACAAAUACGUUAUUUCACCUUACAAAUACCAAAAAACAAACAAUUCAUCCAAACGACCCCGUUGGCUUGAAAAAACACUGCCAACCUUCCGUCUUGCCCUAUAUUUUUCUUCUCUCUUGCUCAAAACUCUUUCGUCUUCCCCUUCAAUAAAUAGGGUAGUCCCCUAAUAAAGCUUGCCCCACGUUAACAAAAGAACUGUAACAUUACACUCAACUCUUAACAUAGUGGUGACUAAAGCCCAAAAAAGGGAGAGACCACACAAAAGCAAAAGCCAUUAAAGCACAACCAAAGCAAAAGCAAAAGUUGGACCAAGAACAGAGUAUGGAAUAAUAAACAUCACUUCUUCAUACUUUGCUCAUCACUCACUCUACUUACUACCAACCCAACAAACACAAAAUCAAACCUCAAAAACUCCCAAACCAAUCCCCCCACUCCCAACUCUCCACUUCCCUUUCCACAAAACAAUGGCCAUUCAUUUCCACUGGUCACUACACCUCUACCCCAUCCUAAUCUCACUCCUAACCAUCCCCGCCGCCGCCGUCUCCGCCACCGCCCGCUGCCGGACCACCUGUGGCACGAUCCCAAUCCGCUACCCGUUCGGCAUCGACGACGGCUGCGGCAGCCCCUACUACCGCCGCCUCCUCCUCUGCUCCUUCAACACCCUCCACCUCCGAACCCCCUCGGGCACCUACCAAAUCAAAUCCGUAUCCUACACGGACUCCCCGCACCUAAUCCUCACGGACCCAUCCAUGUGGGCCUGCAGCGACGGGCCCAACUUCCGGCCCACCAGACCCUUCAGCCUAGACUCCAGCACCCGCCUCACCCUCUCCCGCCACAACGACUACCUCUUCUUCAACUGCAGCCCGGCCCGCGUCAUCAUGGAGCCCAAGCCCGUGUUCUGCGAGCGCUUCCCCGACCGCUGCGACUCCACGUGCGACACCGCGGGGUACCUCUGCCGCCACCUGCCGGGGUGCGCCUACGCGCUGUCGUCACGCGCGGGGGGAGUUUCAUGCUGCUCGUAUUCCCCCAAGGCGACCGAGUCGCUGAGGCUGAUGCUGGAGUAUUGUGCCACGUAUGCGAGUGUUUAUUGGAGGAAUAGUGACUCCGGGGCGAGUAAUUACUACGGGGAGACGCCGGAGUAUGGGGUGCGAGUGGAUUUUGAUAUUCCGGUGACGUCGGGGUGUCUCCGGUGCCAGGAUAUGAGGAGAGGUGGCGGCGGGACUUGUGGGUUUGAUACGGUGUCGCGGGAGUUUCUGUGUCUUUGUAGGCAGGGGAAUGUCACUACUUCUUGCGAGCAAGAUCAUGAUCAACAAGGUUCUUCUAGGCACAGCAACGCCGGAGUGAUCGUCGGGACGGUGGGCGCGGUUUCGGCGGCCGGAGCAGUUGGGAUCGGAGCUGGGGUUUGGUAUUUCAACAAGAUAAGAGCUAAAGCGCCGGUUACUUGUGGAGUUCAGAGCAAUGAGAACAGGCUUUUUUGAACCAGAAUUAAAGUUGGUUGAGUGGGAAUCAAACCUUUUUUUUUUAAUUAUCCAUCACAUUUUUUAUUGGCUUGUUUUGCUAUUACAGUCAAGUUUUGUAUAUUAAGAUGGUUGUAGUAUUGUUGCUGCCCAUCCUUUUUUAGGACAUAUAGAAUCCACUCUAAAAGAGACUUGUAUUGCAAGUAAUGAUAAUAUUCUCAUCAGUCAUCACUACCCAAGAAUGAAGAAAGCUAAAGUAAUCUACAUUAUGGUUAAGAGUGCAACCACUCAUUGUUGGGGCCAAAGCCCAAAUGUAAAGUUGAUAUCACAUUAUGCCUUGGAGAAAGCAAUGAUCUAAUAAGUCAUUUCUAUGGUGGCUGACUAUGUAAGGGCAUUUGGUUCUUCAAUCAAAUAAUCUAUAAGGAUAAGA